AUGGUAAAUGGUAGUUCAAACAGAAAAAAUAACAUUGAAUACAUUUUAUUUUCAGAAUUCGAUAAUAAAUUAGGGUCUAUACUUAGAUACCAAUACCCAAAUGAUAUACCAGUGUUUAAGUCGAUUAAUUUGGCGACAUUAAUGAUACCCAACAAUAUAGAAAAAUGUCUAGGUAAAGUGGAGUUUACAUAUUUUCUAUUAUAUUUCAAUCCCACAACAAAAAAAUAUGAAUUGGUCCCGUCCAUAGAUAAAAUGAAUAAAAAAUUAGAUAUUCUUUAUUUUAUCAAUGUAUGUAUUGCCAAAGCUGAUCCAGAUAAUGAAAGAGGUGCUGUUAUAAACUCUAUUGCUUUUGGUCUGAAUGUUCCCGAUUUUUUAAAGUGGAAGACAUUGUUAACUUCUCUCCUAGAGGGUUUAAUGGAUAUGUUACGGAUAAAUAACAUAGAUGAUAAUAAUGACACUAAUCUUCGGUGUGUGGAAGUAAUAUCUAAUUUUUUUAAGAAAGUUAACAAGAUAAAUUUUUUAGAUACUUUCAAUAGAAACUUAUAUCAGGAGAUUAUCCAAUCUUUCGGUGAAGGUAUAAACGAACAAAUAAUAAUUAAUUCAAUUUUACAAAAUUUCAAAAACUCUUUAGCAAAGAAUACUUCUUCUUUAGAUCAAGUUGAAAGUAUUAUUUCUAACGAUUUGGUAUACUAUUUUUUACCUGUGGAAACUAUCCCGAUAAACUCACAAUAUAAAAUUAAUAAAAUACCACUCUGUCAGAGGUUAUUAUUAAAAUCAUAUAUUCAAACAGAUAUUUAUUAUUAUAAGCAUGCAUUGAAAAUUGUUAAAGAUAUAAGUUUAGAAAUAGUUGAUGUUGAGGAAAUAAGGACCAUUUUUAUAAUGUCUACAAAAACAUCGAAUGAUUAUUUAUGUCAAUUAGUUUUUUCCAUGUCGUAUCUAAUAAGUGGCGUUUCAUUAAAUAAGGAUCCAGCAUUUAAUGGAAUAUAUGCGUUUCCCUAUAUAGAUAUAUCAAUUGUAGUUCUAUUAAAAGAUUUCAUCCAAUCUCUAGCACAUAAAAAACUCAAACUUAUUAUUGGUACAACCAAUCCAAUUUUUAAAAUUCAAGACGAUAUAUAUGAUAUUCUUUAUGAUUUAGAUACAGAAAAAAUAUACAGUUCAUCAAAAUAUAAAACAAAACAAACAGAUUGGAGAAAACAAACAUUAAAUAUGUUGGCAAAAUCAUACAAAAUUAAUGAUAGUAUCAAUAGUUUAUCUCAUGGAUUAAAUAAUAUAAAAUUCAAAAGUAAGUCAGAGUCUAGUUUCAAUCCACUUACGUCAAUCAGUAAUAGUACUAUCAAUAACUACAGUUAUAAUCCAUUUUUCAGUUUUUCUUCUGAUUCCUUUUCACCAAAAUCAGAUCAUUGUCGCUCUGUAUUGAUGAAUUCAUUCAUAAGAAUAUUGAUAUAUGAACAACGAGACAACAAGACUAUUUUAAAUGUAUUAAAAAGAAUUCAAAUUUUUCAAUUAAUUUUAUUACUAAAGCCCAUUACUAUUAAAGAAAUUAAUGUCAAUACAAUUUCUGCCUUAAUUCAAAAGUAUUCUGAAACAUAUAAUAAUUUAAUAUAUGUCAAUGAACUUUUUGAUAUAAGUAUUCUAAAAUUUAUUAAGAUGUUUUAUAUCUUGUAUGAAACAAUUGAACUACUUACAAAUUUGGAUGUAUGCCUUGUAUCUACUACUAGUUGUGAUGCAGUAAUUAAAAAAAUCAAUGAAUGCCAAGAGAUAAUAAGACAAUCUUUAUUUGAUAUUUCUACUACUAAUGCCAUUUCAUAUACAAGAAAAUUAAUAUAUGUAUGCAUGAAUUUUCCACCUUUAGAUAUUUUAUCUCAUUUUGAUACUAGAUACAAAGAUUUUCAGAAUUUUGAUAUCAAUAUGAUCUAUAGCAGGGUUGCAUAUCAUGCCCAUCAGCAAUCUUCGAAAUCAAGCAGUUCAAGUUUUCAACAAACAAAUUCUACAAAUCAGAAUUCAAGCAAGUGUUCUAUUAUUGACAGCUUUGUUAAAACUACAACAUUUAAUUUGUUUGAUAAAAUACUUAGUGUUGAUCUCAAUUUGAAUCAAAAAUAUGACAGUUCAUAUAAAGACUCAGUUUUUACAGGAUCAAAUUUAUCAUUUUUCUCAUCACCAUUCAAGAGAAGAGGUAAAUCCACUAUAAAACGUUCAUUAUCCUUUAGGAACUUGUUGUCUUUAAAAGUAAAUGGGUCUCGAGAUUUCAAGCCUGCAGAGCAUCAGAACACUGUGAAAGAAAUAAUAGUUACAUCAAAAGAGCAAAUAGUAUUAAAAUCCUCUAUACCUGAUUCAUCUAUAUCUUCACUUCCAUCAAAAGUUUUAAAAAAAUCUACAUCAAUGGAAUCUAUCCGUGCAUCGAUCAAUAAGUCAAGUAAUAGAAGUUUAACAGAUUCAUCUAUGUUAUAUGCUUUAAAUAAAAAAAUAGACGAGGUAAAAUCUAUGGUAUGUGAGAUUUUGAGGAUGAUAGACGAUGAUAAAACACUAGGGAACAUUAUCAUACAAAAUUAUUUAAACAAACAGAAAAAGACUCAAUUGGACAUAUAUAUACGAAAGUACAAUCUUCAUAAGAAACCUAUGUCAGACAAUAAUAAUAUAACAGCUUUUAGAGUAUUGGAAAAGUUUGAUAAAAAUUCUAAUAUGUCUUUGAAUAAGGAUAGUUCUGUGUCAAAAACACCAUUUAUUAGUUCUAUAAAUAGCAUUACUUCAACUUAUAAAAAGGUAGAAUCACCUAACAAGGUAUAUAUAUCUAUUGAUAGUUACAAUAAAGCAAGAAUGGAAGAAGAUGAUGAAGAGGAAGAGGAGGAGGAAAUUUUUUAUGAAAUCGAGUAUUUGUGA